CUGAAUGUUGAAACGCCCACCAGGAUGUGGAAACAAAAUAAAACAAAAAAACCCUACGUCUUUUCCACACCUUCCUAGGACACGCCUCAUCAGUGACUGAUUUGCUUUGCUUUGCUUUUCUUUAUUGAUGAAGAACGCGAGCCUCUCCUCAUUCGGUAAAACUGCAUCCCGCACUGAAGUCAAGCCUUCCUCCGUGCUGGAGCCACUUGCAGGGAAAGAAAUGGCUUUUGCAAGGUUCACAAAGGGCCACAUGUUCCUGAGGACUCUCUGUGUCGUCUUCGUGGGGACCUUCCUUACUGUUGCCCUUUGGGAAGCUGGCUCUGACAGGCAGUCAUCGUCUCAUCUCAAAAUAACGCAACAGUUCUCCAGUGACCUGCCUGGCUGCAUGGCUAUCAUCAGUGGAGACAUUGGGGACAGAAAAAAGGAAUUAGAAAAGCUUCUGGCAUCCAGAAAGACACAAAAUAUCUUCACUGAGAGCUUCUACCUGAAUGAAACAAAAGACUGCUCUUAUUUCAUUGAAAGUAGAGGUUUUAUGACAGAAACUCUCAGUGAAGAAGAGGAUAACUUUCCCAUUGCGUACUCAAUGGUGAUCCAUGAGAAGAUUAGCAUGUUUGAGCGACUUCUACGAGCUUUGUACGCGCCUCAGAACAUCUACUGCGUACAUGUGGACCUGAAAGCCUCUGAAGACUUUCAGAAAGCUGUGGAGGCCAUUGUUUCGUGCUUUCCUAAUGUGUUUGUAGCCAGUAAGUUGGAAAGGGUGGUGUACGCUUCAUGGUCCAGAGUGCAGGCAGAUCUGAACUGCAUGAAGGAUCUACUGAAGUCACCAGUCGACUGGAGGUACAUGCUGAACACCUGUGGGACAGACUUCCCCAUCAAAACAAAUGGAGAGAUGGUGAAAGUACUGAAGACCCUCAAUGGAAAGAACAGCUUGGAGAGUGAGGUGACCAAUGACUACAAGAAAGCCCGCUGGCAGUAUCAUCACAACGUCACGGACACGGUCAUAAAUACGUAUGUGCCGAAAAGCCCCCCGCCCAUCAGCAGCCCCAUGUUUACUGGAAAUGCCUACUUUGUGGUUACGAGAGCGUUUGUCAAGCAUGUGUUACAGGACAGAGAUACUCAGAAGUUUCUGGAGUGGGAGAAGGACACGUACAGCCCCGAUGAGCACCUGUGGGCCACGCUACAGAGGAUGCCUUCAGUUCCUGGGUCAGUUCCUUCUAACAUCAAGUAUGAUACGUCAGACAUGCACGCCUUCGCUCGUGUGGUCAAGUGGAGCUACUUGGAAGGAGAUAUGAGAAACGGAGCCCCCUACUACCCAUGCCAUGGUGUUUCCAGGAGAGCUGUGUGCGUUUAUGGAGUCGGAGACCUCCACUGGGUCCUGAAUCAACAUCACCUGCUGGCAAAUAAGUUUGAUCCUGAGGUUGAUGAUCUGGCCAUCAGGUGUGUGGAGUCCUUUCUGCGUUCCAAAGCUUUAGGCCAAGAUCCACUGUUAAAAGAGGAAUAUUCGAACACCCUGUGAAGCCUAGAAUGAUUUAAAAAGUGUAAUUUAUCAGUCAGUACUUGGGUAAAUACUAUACUUAAAUUAUAUGAAUGAUCUUCCACUGAAAUAUCUUGAAAUAUUCUCUCGUAAGGGCAAUUCUAAACAAAUUCUGUGGUUAGUAAGGUUGUUGUCAGGAUAUUGUUUUACACCUUAGGUGAUGUGUGCUUUUUAAUGUUGUCAAGAUGUCGAUGUCAAUUGUGUUAACUUAUUAAAUAUUCCGUGGCUUUUAUGAUUUCAAUGAAAUCUGUAUUUGUGGUGCCAUCUAGUGGGCUCAAAGUGGAACAGCUUGUCUGAAAAAGGAAAAAAAAGGUUCUCUAAUGGCACUUGAUGUAUAAAAAGCUAAAAAAAAAAAAAAAAAAAGCACUCUUAAGCAGCCUUCCAAUUAAUAAUAAAUUUGCAAAGAUUGUAAGUGUUUCGAAGAGUUGCUGAUUCAAAGGUAUCAUUAUUUUGAAAGAUGUGUGUUGCUGCACAUGCGGCUUUGUAAUUAACCAUGCAGUUGAAACACCUCUAAAAGUUAACAAAAAUGAGUAUUACAGGAUUGUUCUAUAAGGCUGCAUUGAUUUCAGUAAGGCGUUUCUAAUAAAUUGGUGACUUCAUAUGA